UCUUCAUCCUCCAACCUCCCGAGAACAAAAAGCAAAAUAACUCCAUCUGUGAUUUCAACCAGGAUCCCUCUCCCUCUCUCCUCGCUUCCUUCUCCUUCACUGAGAGUGAACACAGAACAAAAAGCAAAAAAACUUCAACUGUGAUUUCAACAAGAACGCUGUCUUCCUCUGCGAGCUCCUCUGCGUUGAAUUACCCUCCAAGGGUUUGUGUUGAGACUUCGCCUGCUCAAUUUUCUGCUGACGGCAAGCUUCAGAUUCAAAUGGACGGAGAGGAGUUGAGCGCUCAAGAGACUGCUCUCUACGAUCGCCAGAUCCGCGUCUGGGGCGUCGAUGAUCAAAAGAGGUUAAGCAAGACUCAUGUCCUGGCAAAUGGAUUGAAUGGCACUGCUGAGUUCUGCAAGAAUAUUAUCCUAGCUGGAGUUGGAAGUUUGACUAUUAUGGAUGACCAUAUAGUUACAGAAGAUGCUCUUAGUGCAAACUUCUUAAUCCCUCCCGCUUCGGUUAAAGAUGAAGGAAGUUCCCUUGCUGAACUUUGUUGUGAUUCUCUCAAGGAGUUCAACCCGAUGUUCGUGUUUCAGUUGAAAGAGAUAACAAGAGGAAGCGAAGUAACAAAGCAAAAGGGAAAGAGGAACCUUGGCAACUGUAAUAUUUUGUAUCUUGAAACUCUUAUAUGUUUUUGGGCCGUGACAUUAGAAGGAUCAAAACCUACUCAACAAAAAAAGAACCUUGUCAGAUAACAACCAGUGAUGUUU